GAUUUUUCAGACCGCGCACAUUUUUCAGACCACACAAAUUAUUUUUUUUAGGGGUUAAAAUCUGAGCAUCAACGGCGAUGUAGGCUAGGUAAUAAACAUUUAAAAUACUGACAUGUCUGACAACCAAGCCGGAUGUAGCUUAAGGUAGAAUGUUUACAUAAAAACUAUCCUUUAAGGCUACUCGGUGCGGGCGGGCCCUGCUCCAGUUAUGUACCAUGGCGAAAAGAAAGGCAGAGCAGAUGCCCCAGAAAAGGUCUGCCCAACGUUUAAACAUGAGGGACUAGAUGAAAUACUCCAAUCUGACACAAAAUAUGGUCCAGUGUUACACAGAAAACUACAACCUCCAUCUUUGAACUGAUCCUGAAAACAAGAAGAUGAGUAAUGGGAUGAGCGAGGAGGAAAGGAGGGAGAGUAAGAGAAGAGCACUAGACGAUUUUGUGAAGGACCUUAAUGAGGGUCCAGAUCUGAGAAUCAACAACAGCAUUGUAACGUUCACCAGUCUGGCUUCUUCAGACAACCUGAGACAACACUACGAGAAUAGAAAGAUGAAUACUUGGGGCGAUGCUGCAGGCUGGAUCAAGGACCUGGUGGGGAAGCUAAGUGACAUGACACCAGAUCCUGCACUGGCGGGCCUCGGAGCGCUGGCAAUCGCUGUCCUCAUCGACAUGCUUUGUCCACCUGACGAGAGCAUAAAGGACACUCUGCAAUGUGUGUUUGCUGAGGAGAAGGCCUCUGAGGUCUGGGAUCAGAUUGACGAGUGCUUGAAGAGAUGUAGAAUGCACAUCAACAACAACUCUGAGCUGAAGAACGACAUCAAGAGGAUUGAGUGCCAGCUGAGCGCUGCACUCACCAAGUUGAAGAACUCCAUGGUGAGGGACGGACACGUGUCGUCACAGGCUCUGAAGGCCUGGGUAAAUGGAGCAGCCUUCCACAUCCAGAUGCUGAUUCACCUGGUGAGACUCAGAGGGAUUCAGACCUGUGACCCUGUGGAGAGACUCCUCUCUGAUUACCUGGCCAACCUGGACCUGCUGUUCAAAAAGCACAAGGAAAUGAUCAAAGGAAAGUGCAGUAAAAAAGUUUACUGGGAAAUUGAAACUGAAAAUUUGGUGGUACUAGUAAUAGCACUCUUUGGUGGUACUAGUUAUUACACACAGUAUCAUUAUUGGGUAGAUGAAGAUUCUAAAUGGAGUUUGAUAAAAUGUGGUUUUGAGGGUGAAUAUGACAAAUAUUUUGAGGUUUAUUAUGAUCACAGGUACGAAAGGCAGAAAUGUGAGAUUCAGCAGUACUUCAGAGACAUAAAACAGAACCUGCAGAUGCUGGUUCAUCAAAGAGGCUCCUUUAAUGUGAACCGCUAACACUAAGUAUACCGCUAAGUAUGAAUCAAAACACCAAUGAGAUGUGUCAAGUCCGAGUCUAAACACCUGCAUGACUGAGUAUGUACAGUAUGAGCACCAAUCACCUGAAAAUAAUGAGUAAAAUCAGAUGAUUUUUUUUGUGUGUGACUGAAGGAUUUAUUGUUUGAAUGAAGUUUCGGCUUCAUUAUUGAUAUUUACAGUAAUGCUGUAUAUUUACUAAAUAAUCAAUAAAGAAUCAAAUACUUAUGUGUAAACUGCA